CCAUCUUUUUGUGCGGAACAUUUUAGCGAAAUGGGUAAACCAAGUGGGUUGAGGACAGCUCGUAAGCUCAGGAACCACCGCAGAGACCAGCGAUGGGCUGAUAAGACCUAUAAGAAGGCCCAUUUGGGAACGAGAUAUAAAGCCAAUCCCUUCGGAGGUGCCUCCCACGCCAAGGGAAUUGUGCUUGAGAAAGUUGGUGUUGAGGCUAAGCAGCCUAACUCUGCCAUCCGUAAGUGCGUCCGAGUGCAGCUCAUCAAGAACGGAAAGAAGAUCACGGCUUUCGUACCUCGUGACGGUUGUUUAAACUUCAUUGAGGAAAACGACGAAGUACUGGUAGCAGGAUUUGGUCGUAAGGGUCAUGCCGUCGGUGAUAUCCCUGGUGUCCGUUUCAAAGUUGUCAAGGUUGCCAACGUCUCGUUAUUGGCCCUCUACAAAGAAAAGAAGGAACGUCCUCGUUCUUAAGAUGUAAAUUAACAUGUAAAAAAUAAAUUCUAAAAUAACAAAA